GUGAGCUGUGAAUGGUCACAGCUUGUCACAUGGUACAAGGCUAUUGUGAAUAGCCUUGUACCAUGUGACCUCUGUGAGCAUUCACAGAAUUCACACAUAGUAAACAAUAAUGCCAGAAGUGACAUCUUGCUUACUACUCUGCAUGGGAUCACUGAUUGGCCCAGGGUGCGCGCACAAGCAGGGCCCCAUUCACAGUCCUUUGGACUGAGAGACUGAUCGAUGUUUCACUGUGUCCGGAGGACACCGGGGGCACCGGAUCGCGGUGCUGCGCGCUUCCAGGGAGCGUGCACAAGCAGGGGUCGGGGAGGCCGUUUAAAA